GGCGAAAGAGGAGAGCAAAACAAAGACGACAAAAAAAUAUCUCACAUCUGGGGUAAAAAAUCAGGCCAUAAUGUUAUUGUAGAAUUUAUUUAGUGAUUAAUUAAACUUUGUACAAAUAAUUGUACAAUUUUCAUCAAAAACCAAACUGGAAUAACCGGCCAGCAAAAAUAUGCAAGUUCGAUGACUUAGCGGACAAAGUGCACAGAUCUGUAUCAGUCGCACAGAGCCAAAGAAUCUCAGUAGAUAGUGUAACCCGGAGAUUAUCAACGCCGUGAUGUCGGAGGAAACCGAAUUUCUGGAGGCGUACGCCCUCAUCCAAGAGGCGUACAAAGCUGCAAUGACCCAAGUCGAGAAGGCCAUUGAACAUGAGGAGCAGGAGUCCCAGGACCAGGCCAUAGAAGCAUACGAGCUGGCCCUCAAAAUGAUAGAAGACACAUUCGGAAUACCAGUGGGCUUGCCGGACGAGAUUGACGCCGUCCAGGCCGAGUGGAACGACGCCUGUGCGCUCAUCCAGAAGCUCAAGAGCGCCAAGACAGAGGUCAGCUAUCGCCUGAAGGUUCUUCGAACUCGGCGCCAACCCAUUGACGACACCGCCGAGGAAGCCAAGGAGGAAAUUCGGUCGGAGGUAGACGCAAAGCGUCCGGUUCUGGCGGAAAAUCCCUCGACUCAUUACGACAUUGCCAACGCCGGUGGGACACCGAAAACCUAUCGUGAGCUGGCCGAAGGGUUGAGGAAACUUCUGGCCGAUCGAGAAUCUCACGCCCAGUUGGACGAGCUGUUCCGGGCCCAAGUGAAGCUCUACAGAAUCGAGUCUAGCGGCGCCGUGGUAACCAUUAGCGGAGCCUCCACCAUGUCGCUGGUCAUGUGCACGGUGGGGGGUGGUUGGAAGUACCUGAGCGGAAUCUACUUCAUCCAGUGCACGAUGCCCGACGAGGAGCCCGGUAUGAUCUGGCUAUACCCGCUCAUUCCCUCCAUCACCAACUGCUACCGGACCGAGUACGGAGCUUUUAUUUUUCCCGACAUGGAAUGCCAGCAGCCGGGCAAUGCCUUUGGCCUGAUUCUGGCCAAGGAGGGCUUGCGUCCACUUAGCACCACCGCCGGGGAAUCUGAGGAGGAACAGCUUGAGGACUUGCAGCAGUUCUUUCUGGAUCUCCUGGAAGCCGUGCUUGCCGGCACAGUAGAGCAGCUAAAGUCUCCUACCACACUACGUGCUGGCGCCACUUCCGAUGCCGUUUCCGGGUCGGAACAGGUGUCCAGACACAUUGUGUGUGCGGCGGACUUUAUUGCUCGCAACCUGGUGAAGGGCGCCGAGAAAACCGGAGGCCUUAUGAUGAAGAGCACUCCGUAUCUUAUCUCCAAGAUGACGCCAGCCUCGGCCGAUGCUCCGGCUCAAGUUCCCAGCUCCGUGCAGACAUCGGUGGAAGUGGCCCAGAAGGUGACCCACGCUGCGGCCGGGAUGACGGGAUGGAUAGCCGGAAAGGUGGGCACCGCCUCGCUAGCCGUUGGCCGCUACUUAGCUCCCCAUAUUCAGGAGCAGGGAUCGCGGCUAUUGCAGAAGGGAUUCGGCUAUGACAGCACCCAGGCCACCAGCACCAUGGAGGGAGCCAUGACCAUCGCGGCGGGGGCUGUGGAAGGCGUGAGCACUGUUUUCGACGGUCUGGAGUCGUCGGCCAAGAUCCUGGGCAACAGCCUUAGCGAGAACUCUGUCAAGAUCAUUGAGCACAAAUAUGGCCAGCCGGCUGGAAACCUGGCCAGUGGCACUUUUGACGCCGUGGGAAAUGCCUUUGUGGUCAGCCAAAAUGUGAACUACAUAACGCCCAAGGGAAUCGCCAAGAAGAUGGUCAAGAGGACGGGCGAAGCCGUCGUUAGCGACUAUAAACGGGACCUGCGCAAACCCGAAUCUCAAUACAUUAACGCCGGAGCCCUCUACCCAGAUCUGAGGGCCUUGAAGGAGUAACAAAACAAUCCAAAGAUAUUCAAUAUUCUAAUCGUUGAUAUUUGUUUAUGAUAUAUAUGAUAUGAUAUGCUUUUUUAGCCUUUAUAGCGUUCCUCGAACAUUUGUUCAUUAUUCAAAAAUAAAUUACAUUCUAAUGACUAA